AUCACCUUUAGCGCAUAAGAUGUAGCACACCCCUACAUUACAGACGAGCCGAAUCCUCUACUGUGAGGGCGUGAACAGAUAAAAUUUAAUGGGAGAUGGAGCGAAAUUUCCUACGGCUAGCGAUUCAACCAAUGGAAGGGUUGGAGUCAAAAGGGAUAUGGGGUUUAUUUCCCAAAAGGGAGGAUGAGAGAGUGACAUAGGCUGCGUAGUCAAACUACGUACCCAGCCUAUUUUCAAAAUUAAACCUAGGAGCUCAAUUGGAAAGGGGAGGGAGAGGGGCACCCCAGCCUUUUUCCCAAAUUUUAUUUCAAAAGCAUCUGAGAAACACAAACACCGAAAUUCUUCUUCUACGGUUCUACCGUUGUCUACUUGUUUGUGCAGUUUCAACUUUCAAUCCAAAAAGUAGAGAAGAGCAAAUAAAAAGAAAAGAAACCUUAUGUGGUGAUUCUUUUGUCUUAAGGUUGUGGCUUUUGAGGUUCCUGCACUUCUUAGAAUGGGAGAAGUUCCAGAUUUGUUCUCAUUGUGCAUGGAAGCAGCUACAAAAGAAAUUGUUCAUGGAGAUCAUCUUCUGCAGAACAUAUUUGAACUUCCACCAGACUUGUUUGACUGCUUAUUGAUGCGCUUACCACCGUUGGCAUUGCAGAAGUUACAAGAAAUGCCAUUUAAACACUCCAGUGGUUAUAACAAUAUAGAUGCUAGCAAUAGUGAUGGGAGAAAACGUGGAAGAUAUGGUGACUUUGACACAGCAUGGAAAAUGUUAUUCAAAUCACGAUGGCCUGAGGGUGUGAGGCAGAUCCAACCUGUGGACUUGUUGAGAAAAGAAGGCGUAGGAAACUUUGAGCCAAUGAACAGUAGUAGCGACUGGAGACAGAUCUACUGGGAAGCACAUCUUCAAAAUUGCCUAGAUGAAGCAGCAGAGAUUGCAUUCCUCCCAUCUUUUGAUGGACCUAUUGGUGAAAUAACCAUUCCAGAAACUGUUCUGAAGUGUAUUGGUUAUGAGGCUCGUAUUGAUUAUACAGCUUCUUCCCAUUCAAAACUAUCUUACCAUUGCCAACAAUUUGGGCAUUUUGCCAGAAGCCUGAGACUUCAAAAUGUGUUUUGCAUCGCAGAAACAUGUGAGUUAUUAAGGGGAAGCAAGCUGCAAAGCAUGGUUUUGCGGGGAAUUAAAUCUGAAGAACACGUUUUCCUCUCUCUCUCCCCCUCUUCCUUUCACAGUCUUAAGGUUGUGGCUUUUGAGGUUCCUGCACUUCUUAGAAUGGGAGAAGUUCCAGAUUUGUUCUCAUUGUGCAUGGAAGCAGCUACAAAAGAAAUUGUUCAUGGAGAUCAUCUUCUGCAGAACAUAUUUGAACUUCCACCAGACUUGUUUGACUGCUUAUUGAUGCGCUUACCACCGUUGGCAUUGCAGAAGUUACAAGAAAUGCCAUUUAAACACUCCAGUGGUUAUAACAAUAUUGAUGCUAGCAAUAGUGAUGGGAGAAAACGUGGAAGAUAUGGUGACUUUGACACAGCAUGGAAAAUGUUAUUCAAAUCACGAUGGCCUGAGGGUGUGAGGCAGAUCCAACCUGUGGACUUGUUGAGAAAAGAAGGCAUAGGAAACUUUGAGCCAAAAAAGAGUAGUAGCGACUGGAGACAGAUCUACUGGGAAGCACAUCUUCAAAAUUGCCUAGAUGAAGCAGCAGAGAUUGCAUUCCUCCCAUCUUUUGGUGGACCUAUUGGUGAAAUAACCAUUCCAGGUAAUACUAUACUUGUGUAUCAAGCUUUUUCUUGUGUUAUAUUAUGGUGUUAG